AGUCUGGUUCCCUGCCCAAAGAUUCCCUCUGCACUGAUCUCUGCUAUACUGACAGUGGAUUCCCUGACGACACUUGACAUUUGCUCUUGACAAAAAUCGACACAGUAGUAGGAGAUUCUUGGUCUGGGAACCAGACUAGCCAGCUCGCUAGACUGUCACAGCUCGAGAUGGCCGGUGUUGUGCGACCGAGUGUUAAGAUAGGCGCUGGUGCAGUGGUUUGUGUGGAGGCCGAAAUUCGUGGUGAUGUUACAAUAGGUGCCCGGACGGUGGUGCAUCCGAAGGCCAGAAUCAUAGCUGAGGGGGGACCCAUAGUGAUUGGCGAGAGUAACCUGAUUGAGGAACAAGUUCUUAUCAUUAACAGGCAAGCUGAUGAUUCGCCAACAAAAGAAGGGGGACAGAAGAUGGUGAUUGGCGCCAACAAUGUCUUUGAAGUUGGCUGCCGUUGUGAAGCGCUCCGCGUCGGUGACAACAACGUCAUAGAGGCUAAAGCUGUGGUGGGGCGAGAUAUUGAGCUUACCAGUGGCUGUGUCAUUGGGGCCUUCUGUCCAAUUACCAGCAACGAGACCUUGCCCGAGAACACGGUCAUCUACGGUGAAAAGUGUGUGCGGAGGGUUCAGGCUGAGAGACCACAGGCACAAACUCUCCAGCUUGACUUCCUGAUGAAGAUCCUGCCCAACUAUCACCAUCUGAAGAAAUCAACUCGACCCAAGAACCCGGAGAAAUGAACAACCCCAAACCGGUUCUUCCAGUUGAGGAGUGCGACAGUUGCUUGAAGGAUACACAGGAACAUGUGCACAUUCAAGGUGGACCAUUCCUUCAAUUUUGUUAUUGUUUUACUUUGUUUGGGGGGGCUCUUGUUUCGAUUGGAGCUUUGGACAUUUUGAGCAUAUCCCAGGUUUUGCUGUGUUGCAAAUUCUUAUUUGGGGUGUACAUGCAAUUUGCAACUCUGCUGAUUUUUCUGGUUUCUGCUUAUUUGCUGUGUUCCGGAAGUUUUUACGAUAUUCAAAUUGGGGAAGGAAAAUAUGUAUAAUGCUGGAAAGCUUGAUCUACAUUUUGUCUUUGUGAACUUGUUGACUGUACUGCUCGCAACUUGCUCGCCAUUUGCAUGACGUUGAUUCCUGAACAAAUCUGUUGAUUCUUGUGGCAAAACACUUGCAAACAAAAACCAUCAGACUUUGCUUCUGAAUUUCACGCCCAACGUUGGUUUUUGCCACGGAUCGAGAUGAUAUUGAAACUGCUUUGACACUGUCAGCCUUCUCUGCUUAAUCAACGGGAGCCAUACGUGCGGUAUGAUUUUGUGCAAUGCCAAGAAAUUUACGUGCAUGUGAAAUGGAAGUAAGGUAAGGCCAUAGGACAUCUGAGAUUAAUACUGCAUCAAUGCAUCCACUGCCCGAAUAAAGACAAUCUCACCUUGUGGAUAACGACUUUGGGAAGACGUUGUCUAUUGACACGGGCACCGCACAGUUAUAAACCACUACUCACUGGCUCGACUUCUGCUCCUAGUGACCUCAGACAUCAGUCGCUUUGUGUCACGCCAGUCCUUGUGGAAAGGAAAGCUGUCACUUUAUAAUCUUACUGUGUCCAUCUAAGAUUCCAAAAGAUGUCUAGCCUGAGGGUUUGCCAAGAAUUAGAAUUUGUAGUAGUUGUUUUUGCCCUUCGAUAAGGAAAACUAAGGUUUCAAUGUGCAAUUUAAGUUCUAUUUGCGGAGAUACUGUUCAAACGAAGCCUCCUGUGUUUCCAAGUUUUAAAUUCUUAUUUUGUUUUUGCGGAAAUAAUUGAAUUGUUGUUUCAUGUCAUUGAGUAUAUUAUGUCAUUUAGUUAUUUCAGCGAGCAUUUUUGGUGAGAGAGAGGUUAGUAUUGGCAAGUUUUCAAGAAAUCCAGACAUAGUAAGACUUAGUCUUUUGAAGCACUUUUAAUUGGGUACAUUGCUGAAGAGGCAAAAUUUGGUCUCUAACAUUUUUAAAAUGAUUGAAGGGUUUUGUUCGCUCUGUGUGUCUACUCUACACUGAUGAUGGCUUUGUACCUAAUUCUGUGAGUAUUUAUGUCUGGCUUGCAUGCCAGCAUUUGAUUGGACCGUAUUUAGGGAAUAUUACAUGUACCAUCAUUUUGAAGCAAAAUGUAAAGCGCACUGCUGCUAACAAAAUUGUGCUGUUCUCGUGUGUUAUCUUGAAGCAAGGUUAUUGUUUCAUUAGACCAUUUAUUGUUAUUGACUGUGCUUUUUGAGGGGUUUAUUUUGGAGUUGGGGAUAUAGUGUUUGCCACACCCAUGGGAAACAUGGCACCAGUGCAAAGGCCAAGCGUGCCAUGCUUUCAUAAGGGUUUUUAAAAAAUCCAUAUCCCACUCCACUGCAGUCAACAGUACUUAACAAAUAAUCUUGGGAAAUGCAAAAUGUAGUAAAUGCGCCGAGUAUGUGUGUGCAGCACUGCAAAUCUGACAGACAGUUUCCCUAUUCAGUUAUGCGCAACGUGACCAUGUAUUAACAUUUGAUAAUGUCUGCUGCGAUUUGAUAAUGCCCACUGCAUAUAAACUUGCUGACACCUGGAUAUGAGACAGUUUAGUUUAUUCCUAUUGGUCAAAGAGUCAUGGGGCACACGGAACUUGCCAUGCACGCACGAAGUUCAUAUAAGGAAAUUCUCCUGUACUACUUGCACAAGGAAUAUACCAUGAAAUUGACAGGGGUGUUCAGGAAGAUAAAAGUAGUAGCCUUGAACAAAAUCCUUGGAAAUGUAUUGUAUACUUACUUCUUUUGACUCUCUGACUAAAAAGGUAUUUAUAAGUGGG